AUGGCGCCCCCCACGUCCCUGUCCUCGCACGAGCGGACAAGGGUGGAGGACUACUUGAAUGAUAAGAUCCAGGUCUCGGCCGAUCUUGAGAGCCUCGACUCGCUGCUCUCCAGCCUCCGCGCUCAACAGGAGCUUCAACGGAAGCAGCUAGCAGAGGCGCACGAAGCACUCUCGAAUGCGACAAAAGCUUCCAACGACCAUGCUGAGGCCACCCGCAAACGUGGCGAGGCAUUUGCGGCAGAACAGGCGGACAUCGAUCGCCGACUAAAGGCCAUUACACAAUCGGAGACGAGUGAUGAGGCAGUGCAUCGGCUCGAGAAGAGCAUGGAGAGGCUUCAGCGUCUGGAGAUCUCCAAGGGAUAUGUGCAGCUGCUGAAGGAGGCCGAGGAAUUGAGCAAGGAAGCUCUUGCCAGCAUAUCCUCCGACCCCCGUGCCGCGUUAAAGCCGUAUGCCCGACUGCGCAGUAUCGUCUUGUCUCUGAAGGAAGCUCAGCCUGCCGCCGAGGGAGCUGCCCCACAUCUCAUCAAUUACACGGAGAAGUUGGCGUGCGCCUUGCGACAGCAACUAAGGAAAUUCUUCGGCGAUCGACUGCAAAAGACAUUGGAGGCUUUGAAGUGGCCGACGCGAGAGUUGAAUAUUACCGAUAAGCUGCUCGCUCAAUGGAAAGACGACGUUGAGCUCUUGAUCGAUUUACAAAUGCCGGAACUACAAGCUCGCGAUGUUUUGGAUACUGGUCACAGCCUUGAGCCGCCGGUCCUCUUCCCAUUGGAAGUGAUGGUACAUCCUCUAGACCUGCGGUUCAAGUAUCACUUUAGCGGUGACAAGCCUACAAAUAGACUUGACAAGCCCGAGUAUUUCCUUGCGCACAUCAUGGACCUAAUCAGCCAAUUCGGCGGAUUCUUUACAUCCUAUUUGCAACCAAUCCUCGACGAAAAGGCUCAAUCUGGCGGCCCAGAUUUGGAAUGGAACUUCUAUAAUGCUCUGCAUGCGUUUAUCACGGCUCUGCUUCCAAUGCUGAGACACAAGAUCGAAAGCUUCAUGCCUCAAAUCGCAAAUCACCCCCAAUUGCUUAGCCAUUUCGUUCACGAGCUAAUGAACUUUGACAACGACCUGCGAGAAACGUGGAAUUAUCUACCGGAUCCUUAUGCCGAAGACAACUGGAAAGGGAUGACGUGGGAAGUUCUCACCAAGCAAGGGUGGUAUGAUCGCUGGCUUCAGGUGGAGAAAGACUUCGCUUUGGCUCGAUACCGAGAUAUUAUCGACACGCCGGACAGUGGUGAAAUUGACUAUGACGGUGUUGAGCUUACUGCAACCAAACCUACUAAGGCCGCAAUUCGGGUGAACGACCUCCUCGAAACCAUCACCGAGAGAUAUCAGCCAUUGUCUUCCUUCAGUCAAAAGUUACGAUUCCUCAUCGACAUCCAGAUUACCAUCUUCGAUCAGUUCCACGAGCGCCUCCGUGAGGCUUUGGAUGCCUACCGGACCAUGACAUCCGCUCUUGGCCGUACAGUCCAGGGAGCUGACGGGCAGGCUAGCGUUGAAGGCGUUGCGGGCCUUGAGAGGCUCUGCCGGGUGUUCGGUAGUGCCGAAUACCUCGAGAAGAAGAUGGAGGAUUGGAGCAAUGACGUUUUCUUCGUGGAACUCUGGUCCGAGCUCCAAGAUCGAGUGAAACUGAACCGCGAUGGUGGCCGUAAUGUGGCAGGUACCAUGUCUGUCGCGGAAGUUGCCUCACGCACGUCACCAGCCGUUGCAAAUCACGAUCCCACCAGUGCCCAGACGUCAGAGGGAGCUCUGUUCGACGAGACUGCCUCCGCAUACCGUCGUCUCCGGUUGCAAUCCGAAUCAAUCAUUACAUCGACACUGGCCUCGAAUAUUACUACAGCCUUGAAGCCUUACUCCCGUUUGGCGACGUGGGCAACACUCUCCACCCCCUCAGCUGGCGCAACGGCCUCUUCUCUGUCUCUUUCAUCCGACCUGGCACAUGCCAUGCGCACUCUGUCGACUCAGCUCAAUUUCCUCGCUCGAGCACUAGGAGUUGCACCUCUUCGGCGCGUCUCCCGCCAGCUUCUUCUCUCCGUCCAGACCUACAUUUGGGACAACGUGUUGAUGAGGAAUAAUUUCUCCGAAACAGGUGCUGCACAGCUGGCUAGCGAUAUCGAUCACCUUUGUAGUGUGGUUGAUAAUGCUCUGGGUGUGGCGGGCCAUGUUGGAGGUUCGACGCGGAUUGUUAAGAAGCUCAGUGAGGGUCUACGUAUCUUGAACCUAAGUGCAGCUGCAGAUCCAAGUGCAGAGGAUGCGGAAAAGGAUGGCAUUGCAUUGGGACUGUGGGAUGUGGAGAAGAGGCUAUUUAAGGACAAUGAGAGUGCCCGUGCUGUGCUUGCUGAACUGGAGAUUGACGGUCUGGCCGAAGCUGAGGCAAGAUCUGUCUUGGAGAAGAGGGUGGAGAUUGGGAAUUAA